ACAACCGCUCAAAUCGUUUUUCGUUAAUAAUGGUUUGUCGUUGCUUACAGAUAUACAUUCAAUUUCGACUUUACUAUCUUCUCAACUUCUCACCUACAACAGUGGCCCACCCAUGUGCAAAGUAUGUUCGUCUAAGUUACGUUUUGUCAAUCGGGUCGCGCUAGUGGGAGAGCUGCCCACAGAGUUAUAGAGUUAUAGAGAGGCCGUUCUGUAUGAAUCAUGGAUUAAGAUAUUAUACCGUAUAUCUUAAAUCGUGGUAUGAGCAUAUCUCGCCUGUACACAGAUAUAGGUAAUUUAUUAUCUAUAUCAGUGCGCCUGUAGCAUUAGUUGAAGUCACGGAUUAAGGUACACUUUAUCUUAUUCCGUGGUUGAAAUUAAUAGCUCAAUGUUGUGAUAAUAAGAAAAAAAAGAGCCAUUUUUAUUACCUAUUAAUGAUUUCAAUUAUUCAUUUUUUUGUAGUAAUAUGGCCAACGGUUACGAUUAAAGAUAGUUUCUAUCAUAUUAAUCGUACUAUCGGCUAUUCAAAUAUUAUGAUAAUCUUCUAAAGUUGUCGUUCCUAUUAGCCAGCCACUCAAACUGUAUUAUGAUUGGUACGUAUAAUUAUUUUUUUUUUUAUCAGUACAAUUAUUGCAUUAAUUAUUAUUUAUCACAGUAACUAUUGUUGAUUAGAUAGAUACCUACUUACCUCUGUAAAGAAAAACCCAUACGAUUGUCACCGCAGUACCCACCCAUUUAGUUAGAUGUCAAUUAGACGUUUCUGUUCAAUAUAUAAAAACGUGUUAGCUGACAUGGACAAUUUGAUCGCUGUGUGUCAGGUCUCAUCAACGGCCAACAAAGAGACUAACUUUCAAAUGUGCAAAUCGCUGAUCACUAAUGCUCACAAAUGCGGAGCCCAAGUACGGAACAACAUUGAUUACCUGUUAUAUCAUAUACCUAGUGACUAAAUUUUAGUACCAAUUAUAUUGUAAUAUAAAUAUAUUGUUUAUAUAUUUAAUGUUCAGAUGAUAUUUUUACCGGAAGCAUUUGAUUACCUCGAACAGGACCAAACCAAAUCAUUAGAGUUGGCCGAAUCUAUAAACGGACCUCUAAUCAACAAUUAUAAAUCAUUGGCUAAAUCAUUGGAUAUUUGGUUGUCUUUGGGUGGAUUUCAUGAAAAGGUAAAUAUUUUGGCUAAGUAUAAAGUCAAUGUUCUGGUAUUUUUUUAUUUUUAUCAACAAAUUUAAAUAAGAAAAGUUCCGCUAAAUUAGAAUAUUAUUUGUAUAUCUACUACCUAGGACAUAAAUUAUGUAAUAUUAUUAAAUUGUUGCUAUUAUGAAGCUUCAACUAAAAGAUUAAAUUAUAAAAAUAAAAAUAUUAGUUUAAACCAAGAUUAUUAAUUAUCUAGUUUCCCAGGUGUUUCAUUUAAGUGGGUACACUCAUUAACUCGGAAAGUAUUAACUUUUUCAGGAAUUUGUUUUCUAGAACAUUUAAGAAACAAGCUGCUCCAUAAUUUUAUAUUUGUGUUAUUUUUUUUCACCCUUAUUUUUGCGGGUAAAACAACUACCUAGUUUUGAUUUUCAAAUGACAAUCUACAUUAAAAAGUUUAUAAAUAGAUAGAAUAUUAGUUAAAAUAAAUUUUAGUGUUGAAAUUUUUGAUUUUCUCAACAAAUGGAAUGAAUGGGAGGGAAAAUGUAUGAAAUGUUGGUAUUAGGUGAAAAAUAUUUCAGCCUUUUUUUUGUACACAAUAAUUAACCUUAGCCAAUGGAUACUGUUUCUGAGUGGAGUUUAAUUAAUAGUGUUGCUUAUGCUGUUUAUAUUAAAUUUUUUGGAUUUUUUUUCAAUUGGUUUAUCUUAGAUGGGGAUAUCAAUUUGGAGAAAAAUUAAAUUUUUAUUUUCAUACUCUAAAAACAAACAAAAAAUUAACUUUAUUUAUUCACUUAAAACAUUUUUCAAAAUAACUAUUUUGUAUAAAAUAUUAUUCUAAAAAUUGUUAUGUAUCCUACAUUCAUUCGAUUAAUAGUUUCUUAGUUAUAGCCCUUUUAAUUUGUAGAAAUAGAAGGCGUCAAAACAAUUGAUAUUCAUUAGAAGGUAAAGAAUUAUUGUGCUGAUUGUAAUUCCUUAUCACAUAACAUAUUAUUUUAUUGAAUAUUAAUUGUUUUCACCAAGAAAUUAUUCAUCGGUUAUGAAUAUGUGAUACAUAAAACUGUUUGAAUAAUAUUUUUUACAAAAUGGAUAUUUUGAAAAUUUUCUUGAGUAAAUAAAAACAAAACUUACUUUUUUUUUAUCAUUGGGGGGAUGAAAAUAAAAGUUUAAUUUUUCUUCUAAUUGAUGUCUCCCUUGAAGAAAAAUUUAUUGAAAAAAUAUAAAAAAAAUUUAAUAUUAACAGUGCUAAAAAAAUCCUUCGUACAUGGUAUGUCAUAUUAUGGUAAAAUAAUUACAUAUUCAUUUUAUAUUUUCUUUUAUAAUAUUUGUUUAAUAAUUACCUAUAUUUCUGAUUUUCCCAUGUUUUUUCCAUUUACUGAAGAAAUUACUGGGAAAAUCAAAAAAUAACCACCUUAAAGUACCUUCCCAGUCAGAUUUUUUUGCAUCAAAAGUGUUACACAUAUAAAUCUGAGCAAUAUUUCUAGUAAAAAAGUGGUUCAUAGACAAUAAUAAAUAAACAUUAUUGUAAAACCAUAAGCUUCUUUGCUCCAUUCAGAAUCUAAAAUUACAGAAUAGUUACUGGAACUGCCAAUUGUACAUCUAAUAAUUAAACCUAUCAGUUUUUUUUAUGUAAUAGUAUCUAACAAAAAACUGGUAUAUAUAUUUUGAAAUGGCCCUUAAAUAUCUUUUAAGUUAAAAAAAUUAAACAUUAUUGUAAUCUUUUAAUUUUUUGUAUACAAAUUAGAUUCUUUAUUUUAUUUUUUAGAUAAAACAAAAUGUUAUUAAAAAGAAUUAGGAACCAUUAUUUUUUUUUAAUUAAUUCCAAUCUUAAUUUUUAUAGCAAACUGAAAGCCUUAAACAUAUUUUUUUUUAGUUUUCAGAAACUAAAUUAAGAAAUACACAUUUAGUUAUAAACAAUAAAGGAGAAAUAGCUGAAACUUAUCAUAAAAUGCAUUUAUAUGAUGUUGAUAUACCAUCCAAACAUCUCAAAACUUGUGAAUCAAGUUUAAUUGAAGCCGGUAAUGAAAUAUCCCCACCAGUUAAAACUCCAAUUGGAAAUGUUGGUUUAGCAAUUGUAUUCUUUUUCUAAUAAAUAAUAAAAUUUAGAACAUUAGACUGGUUAACAAGUUGAAAAUUAUAUUUUACCAAUAAUUAAUAAUAUUAUAUUGUAAAUGUUUAUUUAUUAAUAACCAAAGUUGCAAAUAUUUCUUUAACAAUGUGUAACAUCAGUGUUAUGAUAUGAGAUUUUCUCAGAUGGCAAUAGCAUUGUCAGAAAGUGGGGCUGACAUUUUAACAUAUCCAUCAGCGUUUUUCUUUGAAACGGGUGCUUACCAUUGGGAAGUAUUAUUGCGUAGCAGAGCUAUUGAAACACAAAGUUAUGUAGUUGCUGCAGCACAAACUGGCAAACACAGCUCAGUCAGAAAAUCUUGGGGUCAUUCAAUGGUUUGUUUAAUUUCAAUGCAAAAUUGUAAAAUUUCAAAUUGUUUUGUAUAAUUAAGAUGCUUUAGGUAGUUGAUCCACUGGGAACAGUUAUUGCACAAUGUUCUGAAGAAUCGGGGUUCAUUUUGGCUCCAAUUGAUUUAUCAUUGAUUACAAGUGUUCGCCAAUCAAUGCCAAUUCAAAGCCAUAGGCGAUAUGAUAUUUACCCAAAAAUAGUAUCCAGUACAUCAUAUAAUGAGUCAAUUAAAGAUUCUGAUGAAUUUAAAUUUGGUACGGCUACAGUUAAAGGAUUACAAGUCUUUUACAAAACACAAUUUUGCUUAGCAUUUACCAACAUUAAAUGUGUAUUACCAGGACGUAGGUAUUAUUUUUAAAAUAGUUUAAAAAAUGUGUAGAGUUUGUUCCAAAUAGAUUUUUCAUAACCGGUAUUUUUAACCAGAUGUUUUAGUGGCACCUCAAAGAAUUGUAGCGAAAUUUACCGAAUUGUCUAAGGAUGAAGUGAAUGAUCUAUUCCUUGCAGUCCAGAAGGUGGAAAAAGUCAUUGAACAAAUACAUAAUGCUAAUUCUUCAACUAUUGUCAUACAAGAUGGACAAGAUGCUGGACAAACAAUUAAAGUGUGCAACAACAUUGGUUUUUAAUUACUAGACAUUAUGAUCAAAUAACUAUGUUGUUCCAAAUAGAACACACAAAUAGCAUACAAAUGAUCCUCUAAUGGACCCCCAAUAAUGUUUAAUCAUUCUGGGACUGGGUGGGCUACCAUUGCCACCACCAGAAUGUACAGUGGUAAAAUCUUCAAAGGCUACCCUAUAGUGGGGGCAUACGUGUGAAUUUGAUCAGUUUUUAUCCUCCAUGUUCUUAUUUGGAACAAAGUAUAGGUAUGCCAUUGGUUCUUGAUUACUGAUGUCAAGUUAAUCCUUUCAGUCCCAUAAGAAGGACAUUUUUUUAAGUUUUAUUUAUAACCAUUUAAAAAUUGAUUUAUGUUAUUAAAAGUGCAUGUCAUAAUAUUAUUCAUAUAUUAUGUAGUUUACAAAAAUCAUAAAAUUGACAUAACACUUAUCACAUUUAUGUUUUACUUUAAAACAUUUUUGAAAAAUGUUGAUAUGAUACUUUUAAUUGUUUCUGACAUUAAAUGUAUAAUUUAAAGUUGAUAAUAUGGUUUUAAAAAUCUGAUUUUUUUCUUUAUGAGUAAUCAACUUGUACAGUCAAUUUUUCCCAAAGAUUAAUACUUCUAAUGUUAUUUUGACUAGGUAAAGCCCAGAUAUCCUCUACUCGGGACAUAUUAAUAACUUAGUAAAAAAAAAUAUUUUGUCUUAUGACAUGUCAUCAUUAAAUCAUUGAUAAAUGAAAAAAAAUCUAAAUAAAAAAAAAAAUUAAUGCCAGGUCUGAAAGGGUUAAAUUCCAAUAAAAAUCAUAAGUACUCAGAUACAUGGGAAAUGCAAUAAAACUUUUUUCUUAGAUACUUAACCUAGUUGGUUAAUUAUGGCAAAGUUAAUCAUAAAUUAUAUAUUGCUAGUUCAAUUACUUAAUCAAUAUACUGAAUUUUAUAUUUUUAUACCUUAAAAAUAAUAUAAAUUGUAAUUUAUUGAUAGAUUGAUUAAACACACAAUAAUUAGUUUUAUUUUUAGAUAAGUAGUUUAGAUAGGUUUUUAAGUUGUAAGGAAUCUAUUAAUUUUAUUAUGAUGCGUUUUUUUUGUGGUUGUGAACAACUUUUCUAUCAGAAAUAUUCCACCAAUCUAUAAAUUAUACAAGUAAUUUUUGUUCUUCUUAAUAUUUUGUCACAGUCGAAGUAAGUUGUUUUUUGAUAUCCAAAGUAGUUUUCUUAAUAAUUAGGAAAAACCAAAAAAUAUUUGAAUUGAUUAAUAUUAACGGUAAAGUAGCAUCCCAGUUUAAUUAUUUUAAUAUGUUCAAUUUAUGUUUUCUAUUAAAAAUAUUACUCCAAUCAAAAAAUAAUAAGAGAUUGAUUUUAUUCCUUUUAAUUCAUAACCACUGACAGUGAAAGUCCUUUUUUGAUAGUUAAUUUUUUUUUUCAUAAUAAUUGAAAAAAACCAAGGACUAAACAAAGGAUUUUUUUUACAAUUUACAACUAUUUUUAAAUUUUUAUGCUUUCCAAUUUCUACCAGAAAUCUUUCUCCAAGGUAUCAAGUGUAGAACAUUUUCUGAAAGGAAAUUUUAUUUAGUUCUUCAUGAAAGUUGUUUUUUGAUUUUCCAUGUAGGUUUUUUUCAAUAAUUGAGCAAAACCAUAAAAAAAUGUAGAUAGAAAAAAAUAAAUUAUCUGCAAUUUAACUAAAACAGUUAAAUUAAAUUCAAAUUCUUAUUAAAAAAAAAAAAAAAACAAUACUAAGUUAAACUGCAGUUUUUUUUAACUAUAAAGUAAGCCUUAUAAUGAACUUCUUGAUGAAAUUACAAAUAUUUUUGCUUAGUCAACAAUACAUUUUUGUGUACUUUCUGCAUUUGUUUUCAGUUUUGUUCAAUUAUUAAAAAAAAACUACAAAGAAAAUCAUAAAACAGUUUUCUUGUUGACCAACUAGAUUAAAAAUUCAACAAACAGAUCUCUUAAUGAUUUUUAAUUGGAAUAAUAUUUGUAGUAGAAACAUCUGUAACACACUACACUUGAUAUAUUGAAAAACAUAAAAAUUUAAAAUAAUGAAAUCGUAAUGUAAAAAAUAUCCUAUAUUUAGUUUUUAUUGGUUCUUCCCAAUUAUUAUAUUUUAGAUAUCAAAAACCAACUUUAUUUGUCAGUAGCUUUUAAAGAAACAAAAUUGGUCUUUUGUCAUUUUUCAAUUGGAGUAAUAUUACUGAUAGAAAACAUAAGUUAAAAUAUUAAAAUAGUUGAACUGGUAUGUUGUUUUGCUGUAAAUAUUAAUUAUUAAUAAUAUAACCAUUUUGAAUAUUGAAAAAUGACUUACUCUAUUAGUGGCGAAAUAUUCUAAGGAAUAGAAUUGAUCUCAUUUCAUUUUUUGAUUGGAGCAAUAUUUCUGUUAGAAAAUGUUGUAUAAAUGUAAUAAAAACAAUGAAAAUGAUUAUGUAGCACCCUCCUAAAUAUAUAUUGAUUUAACUAUAAUUUUUCUGAUUAUUUCAAAAAACCCCUAUGAAAAUCAAAAAAUGACCUCUCAAUGCACCAACGAGAAAAAAUUACUUUUUGGAAAAUAAUAGUAUACAAAAAUAAAAAUCAAUGUAAAACCAAUACAUUCCUUGCUUUAGUCUGAAUCUAAAAGUUAUAAUAUAUUUUUAUAAAAAAAAAAAUUGUAAAUGAAAUGUGUAGUUGUUUAUUAUAAAUAAGUGGCAUGUAAAUAAGAUUGUGGUGAAAAUACAUACAUGGGACAUGGGUUUGUUUGUCUAUAAUUUUAGCCUUCCAAAAGUUGGUGGUUUAGUUGCACUUAUGAGUUUUGAUUAAUAAUAAUGUAAUAACAUCAAUAAUAAAACUAAAUAUAUUAAUUGUAGGAAAGUAUCAACUAAGUAAAUAAAUAUUAUAAAUAUGAAAAGAUACUUUAUGUGAAAAUAAACAAUUAUUUUUUAUUUAUCAUUAGCAUGUUCAUGUACACAUUAUUCCAAGGAAGCCAGGGGAUUUUUUGGUGAAUGAUGAUAUAUACAGAAAACUGCAAGACGAAAAAAAAUGUACUGAUCCAAUGAGAAGCAAUGAUGAAAUGGCACAGGAAGCUAAAUUACUAAGAUUAUAUUUUUAAAAUUUUUUUAAACUAUUUAUUGUAUUAAGAAAAUUAGUGCAAUGAAAAUUACUGCAAAUUAAAUAAUAUUAUAUAGAAAUUAUUUACAAAUGAUAUGUUAACAAGUUAUAAUAUUAAAUAUAUAUUUAUUUUAAUUCAAAUAAUUUCCAAUGAUUAUUUUCUAAGUAAAAAAAAAGUUAAACAAAAAUUACAGGUUACUAAAUAUUUAUACAAAUUUCAAAAAUCCUAAAUGAAAAAAUAACUUUGAUAGGUAAUUUAAAAAUUAA